UGUGACGGUGUCAUGGGAAGGAGCGCCCGUAGUCAUGCCCCGGGGAUGUAGCCAUAUCGGUGAACCUCGUUAACAAAUCUCGGUGUCGUGCUUGUGUGAUUGCUUGGUCCUCGGUAGAUUGACAACGGCCUUGGAUUUAUUCUAACACGACCUGCUCUCCGUUAUCAACCAAGUCGCGGCGACGAACACGACGACCGCCGAUCACGCCGGCAAGAAGAAGAUGAAGCUCAAGUUCCCCAUGAUUCUCCGCUUCCCUGAUGUGCUCCGGCACCGGCUCGACGCGCUCCAUGUCGCGUUCGCGGCGGCCAUCAAGCACACGGGGUACCACUCCGCGUACCAUGGGGUGUUCCCGGUGAAGGUGAACCAGAACGAGGCGGUGGUGCAGGACAUGGUCCGCUUCGGCCACGAGCACGACCACGGGCUCGAGGCCAGCUCCAAGCCGGAUCUGCUCACCGCCAUGAGUUGCCUCCUCACCAGGGCCAAGUCGGGCGCCUACCUGGUGUGCAACGGCUACAAGGACAAGGACUAUGUCGCGCUCACCCUGGCGGCGCGUGGCAUGGGCUUCAGCGCCGUCAUCGUGCUGGAGAUGGAGGAGGAGCUCGACAUCGUCGUCGAGCAGAGCCGCAGGCUCGGCGUCGAGCCGACCAUUGGUGUUCAUGCCAAGCUGCUCACUAGGUUACUGGGCUAUUUCGGGUCGACGACCGGCAAGCACGGCAGGUUCGGGCUGCUGGCCGAGAGGAUCUACGAUGUGGCGUGGAAGCUUGGGGAUCUACGAUUAUUAUUAUUUGUUUAUUAUGUAUCAAUGUGUCCACUAUGGUAGUAGUGGUGGAUGUGGAAAAUAGUUCGACAAUAUAAGUUGAUGUGUAUAAGGAUUCACAAGUACAUGACACGUGUUAAACCACUAUAAUAUUUAUGCCAGCGUAGCAAUGCACGAACAAUGAACUAGUUGAUCUUAAAGGGUGAAAACAUUCUCUCUUUUUGGCAACUGGGUGAAAGCACUUCAUUGUUCUUUUUUAACUAAGG